GUGUUAGGAUGCAAUAAAUCAGCUUUAACGACACAACUUGACAUACUGGUUUUAAUGUGAGGUGUAUCAUUAAAAACGAAACUUAAUUACACAUUACGUGGACUUUAACACCGGGCUGUUACAUUUUAAACCACUGCACGGAGAGUAGCUAGCUAAAACAAGCCACGCACUGACAGCAGGUCGGCUGGCAGCAGCAGCAGAAACCCUGCGUGUUGUGUCCACUGCUCUGCCCUCUUCACACUAUUCGGUGAGACAGGACGGAUUGCAGUGAAAGAAAAGAAAGAGAAGAGGAGAACAAGGCGAUGACAGCACUACCAGACACAGAAGAUGCCAGUGAGACAGACCUUGCCAAGCACGACGAGGAUGACUAUGUUGAAAUCAAAGAGCAAAUGUACCAAGACAAACUGGCCUCCCUGAAAAGACAGUUGCAGCAGUUGCAAGAAGGCACCCUACAAGAGUAUCAGAAGAGGAUGAAGAAGCUGGACCAGCAGUACAAAGAGAGGCUCCGAAAUGCUGAUCUCUUUCUCCAGCUUGAGACGGAGCAGGUGGAGAGAAACUAUAUCAAGGAGAAGAAGGCGGCGGUGAAGGAGUUUGACGAUAAAAAGGUUGAACUGAAGGAAAACUUAAUCGCAGAGCUGGAGGAGAAGAAGAAGAUGAUCGAGAACGAGAAAUUAACAAUGGAGCUGACAGGCGAUUCAAUGGAAGUAAAACCUAUCAUGACUCGGAAGCUGAGGAGACGGCCAAAUGAUCCAGUCCCUAUACCCGACAAACGGAGAAAACCAGCACCAGCUCAGCUAAAUUAUUUGCUAACAGAUGAUCAGAUAAUGGAGGAUCUAAGAACACUUAAUAAGCUUAAGUCACCAAAACGACCAGGGUUUCCAGGAAAGCAGGAGAAACUUCAAGACGUCUCCUUAUUUAAAAUGUCCCCGUCGUCUCCAGAGCACGUCCCCGCUGCUCCCAUGGAGAGUCCCUCACAGCGUUACGAGGCCCGCAUCGAGGAGGGGAAACUUUACUACGACAAAAGAUGGUACCACAAGAGCCAGGCCAUCUACCUGGAGUCUAAGGACAACACAAAGAUUAGCUGUGUCAUCAGCUCAGUGGGGACCAAUGAGAUUUGGGUGAGGAAGACGAGCGACAGUACAAAGAUGAGGAUUUACCUGGGACAGCUGCAGAGGGGAGCGUUUGUCAUCCGCCGACGGUCGGCUGCGUGAAACAUUACCCCGCCCCUCUCCACCCAACCUCCAUCUGUUCAUUUAUCCAUCCAUCCAUCCAUCCAUCCACCUUGUUCAUUCCCUGUUUCUAUAUUCGGUGCUCCUAAGUUGAGUUUGACACAGGGCCUCUUAUUCUUCAUCAUACACAUCGCUCCUCCUCAAAAACAAACACACAAACACACUCAUCAGAUUUAAUCACUUUCCCCACAUAAAUCAACUACAACUGCUUUCCCGUAUUAUUUGUCACUAUGUGGCGUGUGUGUGAAGGCAGUUAGGGGUAAUAAUAGAGCCAGCUUUGAUUCUUUGUCUCAGACUGUCAAAACAAGUCUUUCUCCACCAUGCAGUCUUAUUUACAUUUAUCAUUAAGUUAUUUUUUCUUGAACAGCUCCACGUUGACUCUCAGAAAACUGUCUUCAAACUGACUCACUGGUAAGAAAACAGAUGAGAGUUAGCUGCAGGUGUGGCUGUACUUCAUUAACCCUGCCACUGAAAAAGUUUCCUGCCACUUUGCACUGUCAGAAAGAAACGGAGGCCGCUUGCUGUACUGAUGGUUUGUCCUCUUGAUUUGUUCAAAAGUCCUAUGUGUGAAUUUUUUUUUGUUUGGAAAAGAGUGUAUUUUGAGGAUUUUGCUGUUUUAUGUGCUCCUCUCCAUAUGUGACUGAUCGGAAGUUCAACUGUAUUUGCAUGUGGAGCGUUAAGUUGAUUUGUACCCUGUUUCAUUUUAUUAAAAUAUUUUCUUUGUUUUAAUAAA